AGAAAGCGGGAGACUUGUACACGGACCUCAGUAUCCCUCUAUUAACCUGUUUGGGGUCUUCCACAGCUUCCCUCGUCACUCCACCCUCCUGCAUGUCCUCCUUCCUCUUCUCCUCCUCCUCUGCAGCUCCAUCUCUAACAUUCUCCUCCUGAUGAUAUAACCCUCAUCCCUUCUCUGCACAUUUCCAACUUUGUUCCCUGCACUGUCUUUCUAAUAUACUGAUUCCUAAUUCUGUCCAUUCUCAUCACUCCCAGAGCAAAUCGCAGCAUCUUCACUUCUGCCACCUCCAGCACUGCUUCCGGUCUUUUUGUCAGUGGCUACGUCUCCAAACCGUACAACAUUGCUGGUCUCAUUACCAUCCUGUGAACUUACCCUUUAAGUUGUUAUAACUGAAGAGGACCAGGAUGAAGGUGGUAACGUGUGAAAUUGCCUGGCACAACAAGGAGCCAGUAUACAGUCUGGAUUUUCAACAGAAUGCUGAUGGCAAAAUUCAUCGCCUGGCCACAGCUGGAGUGGACACCACAGUGCGCAUGUGGCGUGUAGACAUGGGGCCUGAUGGAAAAGCUGUAGUGGAAUUUUUGUCAAAUUUAGCAAGACAUACAAAAGCAGUGAAUGUGGUUCGCUUUUGUCCAACUGCUGAGCUGCUGGCAUCUGGAGGAGACGAUGCAGCCAUUUUAUUAUGGAAGAUUAACGAUAAUAAAGAGGUCGAGCAAGCCCCAACUUUCCAGGAGGAGGAGGAUGCUCUGCUGAACAAGGAAAGCUGGAAUGUCGUCAAGACCCUCAGGGGGCACAUUGAGGAUGUAUAUGACUUGUCAUGGACAAGCGAUGGGAAUUUCUUGGUUUCUGGCUCUGUGGACAACACUGCCAUCAUGUGGGAUAUACAGAAGGGUCAGAAGAUAUGCAUCUUUAAUGACCACAAGAGCUAUGUGCAGGGUGUAUCCUGGGAUCCACUGGGUCAAUAUAUUAGCACACUUAGCUGUGAUAGAGUUAUGCGUGUAUACAGCACGCACACAAAGAAAAAGGCCUACAGUGUGAGUAAAAUGACAUCAGGCUCUGCUGGAGAGGGAGAGGUUAAGAACUUCAGGAUGUUUCACGAUGACAGCAUGCGAUCCUUCUUCAGACGCCUCACCUUUACACCCGACGGCUCCUUCCUCCUGGCGCCCGCUGGUUGUGUGGAGACAGGAGAGAACGUCACAAACACCACUUAUGUCUUCUCCAGAAAGAGCUUCAAAAGACCAAUAGCUCAUCUUCCCUGUCCUGGUAAAGCAACUCUUGCUGUGCGGUGCUGCCCUGUGUUCUUUGAGCUCAGAGCCAAGAAGCUUGAAGAUGGAUCAGUGCAGCCGCUGUCCAACGCCUUUCAGCUGCCGUAUCGCUUGGUGUUUGCUGUGGCUUCUGAAGAUUCCAUCUUUUUUUACGACACUCAGCAGACCGUGCCAUUUGGUUAUGUGUCCAAUAUCCACUACCACACCCUUAGUGAUCUCAGCUGGUCUCGUGACGGGUCAUUCCUGGCUGUCUCGUCCACGGAUGGAUACUGCUCUUUUGUGUCCUUUGAUGAGCUGGAGCUUGGGACGCCUUUAAAAGAGCGACCGCAGCUGGACAUCAUCACCCCGCUCACUGCCAGUGAGAAAAAGGGCAAAAGAACAUCAGGUAGCGGACGGACAGCUUCACCCGUGCCCCGCACCAAUCCUUCACCCGUCACACAGGAGAAAGAAACAUCAGCUACCCCUGAAGAGAAACGAACACCGCAAGGCCUGAAGACUAAAUCACAGCCUAGGCGCAUUACCCUCAACACACUGGAGGGAUGGAGCAAGCCCAGUACCCCAAAAUCUCCUGCCACACCCACUGCCCCUCCCUCCAGCAGUCAGAGCACCCCCAAAUCUGCGCCGUCCACUCCUCUGGCCAAUCGGGGACCGCUUACUCCCAAAACUACCCAAAGUACCUCCAGCACCCCACUUGCUCCCAUCAGCGCCAGAAACUCCACAACGCCUAAAGGACCCACCCCUAGGCGAAUUUCUCUGACAUCACUUACACCCAGAGCUCCAGCUUCCUUGCAGAACGUUGUAGCUCCAUCCUCCACUGAGAAAGCCAAACAUGAGAGACCGUCUCCUCCUAACGAUCCAGUGUGCAAGCCUCCCGAAUCCAAGCGACCUAAAACUGAUGAAGCAUCAGGUCUGAGUAGCAGCAGCAGCAGCAGCAGCAGCACUUCUCCAAGCAAUGAGGCCUCAGUGGAGUCCAUCAGCAAGCCCAUGGAUUCCUGACCAACAACUAAACUUUUUUUUAAAUGUAUCCAGGAAUGUGUGUAUCUGGACACAAUUACUAAAAAAAAAAAAAAAACCUGAACCGAAACCUUUCAGUGUGUUUUGACCAUAAGGGAACAGGAUGCAUGUUUUCUUUUUCAUUUUGGCAAGCUUGUUGACUUGGAUAUUUAUACUGUUAAGAGUUUUACAUCAUGUUUUACUUAUAGUUGGAAAUCACUUUCAAAUUGUUGUCGUUCAGUUCACCGCUAAACUGUUUAUUAUUGAUGUUAAGCGCUGAUUUUUAUAAGACUAGUUUAAAGAGGUGUAUGUCAGAUAUGAUUGUUUUCUGUGGCCUGGUUGUAUUGUUUUGUUUGCAGCAACACCCGAAGCAGCUGCUUUGUCCAUGAGAACAUGCUGAUUCAUCUGUACAGAAAAUGAAAUGGGCACUAGAGUUGUGGUGGCAAACAAACCAUAGACUGUGUGAAAUGUGGAAGCCUCUGUUUCAGAAUGGGGGUGUAGGUUGUUUGUGUCUGUGUGAGCUUUUGUUAAACCGAAUUUCUAAAGAAUGAAAGUGAUGAGGCUACUUUCACCUAUGAGACUGUAUUUGGAUUCAACUUUGUUGAAUGAAUUAUUCAUUAAAUUACUUAUCAAUCUUC